AUGGAUGAAACACAACCACUUAUUCAAUCCACCACUUCUUUUUUCAAUUCUUUUUUUGCUACUGUUACUUCUUUUGAAACUCCAUUAAAAUCUGAAAAAGAUAUGGGGACAUUAUUAUUUAUUGUAAAUGUUUUUAAUGGGACUGUUGGUAUUGGUUUAAUUAUGUUAUUAGAUGUUUUUAUUAAUUGUGGUGUUAUUUUAAGUUCAAUAACAUUUACUUUAGUAUUUAUUAAUAUUUUGAUAUCAACAAUUUAUUUGUUUGACUCAAUGGCAAGAACAAGUGGUGCAGCUGCUGCAAUGGAAAUAGGUGGAUUUCCUAAAAAUGAAUUAGGUCAAAUGAUGUUUGACUUUCCUCGAAUGCUUUCAUUUCAUUUAUAUGCUAAAGGGAGAAUUAUUUCAUUUAUAGUAUCUAUUUCAUAUUUACUUUCUGCUUUAUGGUGUUCAUUAUCAUUUUGUUAUUUGUGUAUUAGUAAAAUUGUUAAGUCAUUUGAUGUUUUAGAAGAUAUAAAUUUUGAUUGUUCAUUAAUUUCAUUGAUUACUUCUUAUGAAUUAAAUGGUAAAGUAUGUGGAAGUUAUUAUGGAAUUUCAUUUGGAUUUAUGUUAAUAUUUGUUAUUUUAUCUAUGAUUAAUCCUAAAAUCUUUCAAAAAUUACAGUUAUUAUUCUUUUGUUAUAGGAUAGUUGCAUUGGUACUAAUGUUUACUACAUUAAUUAUUUUCUUUUCAGUAACAAAAAGAGAUGAAAUUAUUAUAACUAGUUCAAGUUCAACACAAGAUGAUUGGUGGUUAUCAUUAUGUAAAAUCGGAUAUAUGUUGUCUGUGUCUUUUUUUUCUUUUAUUAAUUGUAAUACAAUUAUUGAAUCUACAGCCCGUUCAUAUACAAAAAGACCAUUUUUAUAUACUUUGAUUGUUGAUAUUACUUGUUUUAUAUUGUAUUUAUCACUUUCACUAAUGAACACUGAAUUUUCUAAAAAAACUGGAAUAUUAAGUGAUAUUUGGGUAGAAUACACUGGAAUUGGAGAUGGUUGGGAACCAAUUCUUCCUUCAGAUGGAAGUGUUGUUUGGGCAAUAAUUAUUAAAAUAAUUAUUAUGUUAUUACCAAUUAUAACAACAUUGAGUGUUUAUCCUCCUUUAGUUGUUUUUGCUGCACAAACUAUUUAUCGUUAUUUUAAUGUCCAAACAUUUAUUAUUUAUCAUUUCUGGGUUGAUGUUAUUGUAAGAGCAGGUAUAGCAUCUAUCCCUGUGUUUUUAUGUAUAUUUUAUAAUGAUUCGUUGACUGUUCUUUCUUUUGUUGGUAUAUCUGCUACAAUAAUUGGUGUAAUGAUUCCUUCAUUAAUUCAAUUUGUUUCAGUUAAACAUGUCCAACGAAUUUUUGGAGAAGGAAUGCAUAAAACAAUCUAUACUGUGAAGUGUUUAUGUUCAAGUGUUAUUGCAAAGUUCAUGGUUUUUAUUGGGAUUGUUGAUAUUUUGUUUGAACUUCUUCAUUUUAUAUCUAGUUAUUUCUUAUAA